AUGGCUUCCCGCACAUCGACACCGUCGCGAUCGCGUUCCUCUUCCAACAGCAGCAGUUCUUCUGAUACCACUAUGAUUGACGCGCCACCGCAAUCACCAAGUCGCCCGGCGCGCCUUCGCAACCCGUCGCAUAGCGCCGCUCUCCCGACGCCCACAGUCCUGCAAGCGCACAAUGACGAGACACAACUCGAUCCGUCAUUUUCCCUCCUCUUGUCUCUACCGAGAGAACUCCGCGAUCGUGUCUAUACAUACGCAUUGGUUUCUAGUAAUCCGUUCUUAUGGCCUACUACAGCGCCCGAAUCCUUGCCCAGCAAAACUCGUAGUAUCAACGUAAGCCUUCUCCGGACAAACAAACAAGUCCACAGUGAAGCGGUGGACAUUCUGUACUCGCAGAACAAGUUCCUGUUCACACACCCUAGCGACUGCAACGUCUUUCGUGUUAUAACGUCGCCCGCCUCCGUCAACAUACAGAGCGUGUACUUUCGGAUAAAAGAUAAAGACCUGGGAUUGUGGACACCGUAUCUGGGGAGCAAGUCGGGAGAGAGGAGUCUGAGAGGGGAUUUGCCAAAGUUGAGGAGUCUCUGGCAUGGUGGAUUUGUUGGUCCUGUAGGCGGGGUUCAAGGAGGGGCUACACCAUACGGUGUGCAUGUUGCUCUUCAGCAACAAACUCAGCACGUCGUAAACCAACUCCUGACCAACACACAGAUUGUUGGUGGUGCAGGCGGCCAUGCGCAUGCCACUGGUAACGCGAAUCAGAUCCCUCCUCCACCUCCACCAGCUCCAGCAAUGCCGUUUCCACAGUUCAUGCAAGGAUCGCUGGGUUUAGGUGGUCAUGCACACCAUCAUCACCAAGUACAUCCGAUACCGCAUGCGCAUGGCCAGCACAAUUAUCCACCAAACCCCAGUCCACUGGCACAACAUCUCCAACAAGGCGAGAUUAGUAUUCCUGUUCAGCAAACCCCGCUUACUGUUAGUGGCGUGAACGGACCAGAUCCACACAGAUUAUACUCCGCAUUCAUCCGUUCCAACCGCUUCAAACUCGUCGUUGAGUCUCUCUGUUUGCAACUGAGCGACGUACUAAACCCCAAAAUCACCGGACCCUUGGAACGAAAAUCUUCUAGCAAGUUCUCCACAACAACUGAUUCUACGUCCUCGAACCCCAUCACGGAAAUCAAGAUUGUGUGCGCUUCGACACCCGGGAAGAGACAGGUUGAGCGGUUACUCUCCAACUUCCCAGACGAGUUGGUGCUCGAUCCUGUCACGCAGGAUGCGAGGACGAGGUUUAGGAAAAUGCAUGGUGUGGAAGUUAGUCUGGAGUUUAAUGGUCUGAGUAGUACGCAUCAGGAAAUGGUAGUCGCGGCUGCGUGGGAUAUCGACUUGCAGCCACCACCUAUUGGAACCGGUACUACGAAAUGCUUUAGUGGGGACACUUUCGAUGCUAUUGGAUUGUUCGAUGGAAUAGUGAACAUCUCUACCGAUUUCCUCGCUCUCGCUCCUGUAAAUUUGAUCCGGAAGCUCCAAAUGCCGCUCUGUAUGCCCCUCUCCCUCGUCGCCGUUCUCUCUCUUGGUAUAUGUGCUGCUGUCGCUGGUAUUGUUAGACAGCUUUCCUCCAGUCAGUUUGGCGUCCCAAAGCCAUACAUUUACGACACACAUUCUAUCUGGAACUUGAUCGAGCUCGACAUGGGAGAUGGUAUGUAUCCAGCUCGAAAUCUGCUGAUGGAACAGCAGAUUGAGCGAGGCAAGAGACCAUUCUACAAAAAGGCAGCUCUGGCUUCCAAAGCCAUGGCGGCUACUCAGCAACCUGAGAAGACGGCAGCCUCACAUCCCAGUCCUCAUCAUGAUCCCGAAUCGGGCGCGACUCCAAUGUCAACCGACAAAGACAUAGCAAUCGACCUCGUCGGCGAACAUGCCCAAGAUAUCGAUCCAGGAAUCGAAGCAAAAGUGCUCCGAAAGAUCGAUUUGUUCCUUAUCCCCGCCAUGAUCGUGGGGUACGGUCUUGUCUACUAUGACAAAGCCAUUCUUGGUUCUGCUGCCCUCUUCGGCAUGACAGCGGACCUUUCCUUGAGCGUCGUUACAAACGCCUCCACAACACCCCCGACAGUGUCUACCACCCGUCUGUCCUGGGCAACAUCCCUCUUCUACUUCGGAAUGCUAGCAGGCCUAUACCCCCUAACUUUUGCCCUUCAACGCUUCAACUUGGGUCGAAUCUUGGGCGCCGUUGUACUCCUCUGGUCACUAAUCUGUAUGUUGACAGCUGCCGUAACCACCCACGAGGGUUUGUUCGCACAGAGAUUCUUCCUCGGCUUCGUAGAAAGCAUCAUACCCACUGGUUUCAUGACAAUAAUCUCGUCUUACUACACUCAACGCGAGCAAUCCAUCCGACAAUCUUGGUGGUUCAGCUCAACAGGCCUGUUCACCAUCAUCGGUGGCGCACUGAACUACGGGUUCGCACAGAUUACCUCUGGCUCCCUACGGCGCUGGCAAUACAUCUACCUCCUCGCCGGCUGUCUGACAUUCCUCUUUGGCAUUUGGUGUUUCUUCAUUCCAAAUUCCUGUGCAGAAGCUUGGUUUCUCACCCCUCACGAACGCGUCGUCGCUGUUGAACGGCUCCGAAAGGGAGCCACAGGCGUCCGCUGCCAGAAAAUCAAAACGUAUCAACUCCGCGAAGCAGCCACAGAUGUCAAGUUCUAUCUCAUCUUUCUUCUGAUGGCCUCUGCAUAUACCGUUAAUGGCGCAGUCUCUGGUUUCGGUCCACUCAUUGUGAACACGUUCGGCUGGUCGACCCUCGCGUCUAUACUCUGGCAAUUUCCGCUUGGACUCAUCUGUCUUGAGAAAGGGAAGCACUACCCUAGAUUGUGGACAGGCCUGAUCAUCUGCUAUUGUAUUACGAUCACCUCUGCUGUGGCGCUCUACGCUGUGCUUGCAAGAGAGAACAAGAAGCGAGACGCUCUGGCUAUUGACGAAGAGGAGAGAGACAAACUUGCUUUUAUGGAUCUGACGGACAAGGAGAACAUGUACUUC